CUGUUUACAGUAUCAAGUGAUGACUACUCUUUUUUUAAGAGCGCAAAUGAUCAAAUCUUCGCCAUCAGCUGGCAUCCGACGAUAAAAAAUCUGAUUGUGGUGUACGGCCGUGGACAUUUCUCAUUUUGGCAGUUCGAUGCGCACAACAAGGCGCUUACCAAGAACCUCGCUAUUUUUGAGGGUAGAGAUAAGCCAAAAACAUUGCUUUCAAUGUGUUUCUCGGAGACUGGCGAUGUGAUUACGGGUGACUCAAAUGGAACACUUUCUCUAUGGGAUCCCACUACUUUCAAAACCAGAAAACAGGCUCAUGGAGUACAUCCAGGAGGAGUAUUCGCCUUGUGUGUUAGCCGGAAAGGAACUCUGUUGAGCGCGGGUAAAGAUCGUACUGUAGCCGAAUGGGAGACAACGGAUUUGAUUCGUCGACGGAGACCCGUCGAGCUGCCAGAUGACGCCGGAACGCCGAAAGUAAUUCUCAACUUGGAAGUUAAUCAAAUUGUCGUUGGGACUACUCGUAACACACUUUACCUCGGAGAUUUUGAAGCGAGUUUUGAGGAAAUCGUUGACGGUGACUCUGAGGACGUUACGUGCUGUGUGGCCGUACAAUCCCAUCUCUUCAUCACUGCUAGUGCUGACGGUGGCCUUCGACAGUACGAUUCAUCAACGAAGAAGCGGGAUUGGCGAAAAAAUUACGGGGACGGCAUUACAUGUUUGUCCGUGGAUCAACCAGGUGCUCUGCUAGCGCUAGGCUUCUCUGGCGGAUCAUGGAGCGUCGUGGAUUUGUCCACCAAGGAGACCGUAUUUGAACAAAAAGAAUCGACUCAGCCGAUCACAACAGUUCGAUUCGCCCCUAACAGCAGUCUCCUAUUCGUCGGGACCAAGGUAUUCCAUUUUGAUUAUUUUCGUAUGCUUCGCCGUGAAAGUGUUUCGUUUUAUCGGUGUGAUGAACGAAGAAGAAAGAGGUCAGCAACGACCGGUGAAUUAGUUGAUCACGCUAGUGUCCGUGACGUGGAAUGGGCUUCUUGCAACUGUCGAAUUUCGUACGAAACCGGUUGUUUGGCUCACUCUGUUGAAGGUUCGUUAGAAGCGGCUUCACUCUAA